ACAUACAAUGUGAAGUUUUCUGUGUUGAUUUCAUGUUUCUAUUUGUAUCUCAACUGUUAAUAUGUGUAAACAGUUUCCAAUAAAGUUGUUGUAAAACAACAACCCAACUGGCCUCAGAUAUUCAGAGGUGAGACGAUCACUCUGACAUGUGAGGUGCAGGAAGGAGGUGAAACCACUGAGUGGGAGUAUAAAUGGAGAGGACCCAGGACACCCACACAGUGGACACACAAUAAUGAUGUGACAUUCAGAGUUUCUGAGUCCAGCAGUGGAGACUACAUGUGUAAGAGUCGACGCAGAGAUGACUCAUAUUCUUCAACAGAGUGGAGUGAAGCCUUCACAUUGUCAGGAUCAAAUAAACCAAAGGCCAAACUGAGAGCUGAUAACACAGCUGUUCCAGUAGGGGGCAGUGUGACCCUGACCUGCUCUGUGAACCCAUCAUCAUCAUCUGGAUGGAAAUACUACUGGUACAGAGAUGAGAAAUCCUCUGAAGCCCUGACCACACAAGAUGCAGUUUUCCACUCAAAUGGACAAAUCAGUGUCUCACAGGAAGGACUCUACAGGUGCAGAGGAGGAAGAGGAAACCCAGUUUACUACACAGAGGACAGCCAAGAAGUUCACAUUAACACAACUGGAGCUGACAGCUCUUCAUCUCCUGUGUGGUUGAUUGUUGGACUGGUUUGUGGAGUCUCUCUCAUUAUUAUUCUCCUGCUCUUGUUGUAUCGCUGCAGACAGUCCAAGUAUUCCUGCUUCACCAGGUCGAUCCAGUCUGAGAGUCACAGUCCGGGCUCCUCCACAAAUCAUGGAGUCAACCAGAAUGAAACUCAUGAAUACAACUCUCUUCAUCCUGGUCAGUGAGGAGAGCUGUAGCAGCAAAGCCAAGAAGAAGCUUUUUAUGGAGCCAUUCUUGCUCCUCUGCUCCCCAAAUAUCAGACAUGCUCAGCUUUAUGUACAGCUACAAUAUUAAAUCAUAAUAUCAUAUAGAGUUAUUGCUCUCUUUUAGUAUAAAACAUAUGGAGAUGUAUUUCUAUUUAACCCUUUAAAGCCGGUCGGAGCGGGCACGCUCCGUUUUGCGUAACUAUUUUUAAAUCCCUGUAGUACCGGAACCACGUAAGCUAGCACAAUAAUUUUUUUUGCAUAUGAAACCGGAG